UUAUGUCUAUUUUACACCUCAUGCCACAUAGAUAUACAUAUAUAGAACUUCAUCACUUAACCAUUACUCGUGUUCCAAAAAAAAGCAUUACUCCUCAAGUUGUAUUUUUUUCUAAAACAAAAAAAAUUCUUAUAUAUCUAUUUCUCAACUAAUAUUGGAUUUAUUUAUAUUAAUUAUAUGUAAUAUAAUAUUUUGAAAAGUGUUUGCUUUCUUCUUAUGUGACUUUAGUGAACGUUACAAACAAACCUUCCAUAUUAUCAAUGCUAAUCUUAUUAAACUGAACGUUACAAGGUUAAUGUUAAACAAACUCUUUUAGGUAGCAGUCAAACUUGCAUUGAUUAACGCCUGCGAAAGCAUCUUUAUUCUAUUGAUUGGCCAAACGAUCACUGCUGUAUUCACUAGGUGUGACGUUUGAACUCAAUAAUAUACGAACCUUUGUUGUAAACUAUAGACUCUCUAACCUCUUGUAUGUCUAAUUUUUGUCGAGUCGCUGUGGUGUAGAUUAUAUUGUUCUUUGAAAUUUAUUUGUGCUCAUUUUAAACGAAGCAUUGAUAUUUAAGAUACAAUAGUUUAUAAGUUAUGUUUGGAUGGUUACUAAUCCUUUAAUCUUUCUACCAACAGAAUGUCAGAAUAUCUAACUUUGUAGAUUAAAGCUUAUAGAAUUCACAAAAAAAGAGGGAGUUAUUAAUUUAUAGAUUAUGUUUAGGUUUUAGAAUGUACAAUAUAUAUUUAGGUUGUAGUUUUGCAUAUAUAUCGAGCAAAUUGCGAUUAAGAUCAUAGUUUUUUUCAUUUCCCCCACUAAAAGAAAAGAAAAAAUAUACAAGAAUCAGGCCACAUACUCGCAUGAUCUGUAAAGAUGGCCAGCAGAAAAGCUGGUAAAAAAAGGGUUGGACGGCUACGAUGACCCAUUAGUGGGUCCCAUUUAUUGUAUAAUUUUGUUUGAUAAUGAACAUAACUAGUAACGCACCCACCAAUAAUGCAGAAGGGAUGAUGUUACGAGAUCGGAAAUUUUAGGUAGCGAGGAAAAACAGUACAAGAUUAACACAAUAAUAAUGCAUUCAUAACUAUAUUUCGAAGUUCCAGAAAUGUAAAUUUCAUCACAUAUGAUAAACAAAUAGCAAUCCAUCACGUCGUCUGUCCAUAUCUUUAUCUAAAUAUAAUUGCGUCAUUGCUAGUAACUUUUUUUUUUGACAUAUAAUUUUUUUAACCUGGUUGAAUCUAAGGGAGUCGCAAGCUCGCGAUUGAUUCAUUCUCCGGGACAUUCAAAUGGGUCUUAAAACACGGAUUCAUAUCCACGUUAGGUGAACAGAACAAUGUGACUUAGUUUCGCAUAGAAGGAGGAUCGAACCUGAAAUGUGUUAGCGUCCUAAGCAUGUCCACUACCAUUUAAUCAUAAUUGCGUCAUUGCUAGUAACUUAAAUGCAUACAUCUACUUCAUAAUAAUCUAUAGAGAUAUGGUAUACUUUGUAGUUUUAAAUUUUUGAUCUAUAACCUUUUUCUGGUAUUGGAACCAACCUGCAUUGAUAAUACCACAUUUAGAAAAGAUGAUAAAGCAUUUUUCGGAGAGAGAGAAUAUGAAAACUCUAGCAUCUAUAGUGUGGAUUCAAAUUCAGAUCUCUUAAAAAUCUACAUAACGUUUUAACCAUCCGACCAUAGACGUGUGGUUUAAUCUAUACUAUUAAAGUACAAGCACAUUUGGAUUUUUACUCUGUUUACCCCUAUUAAAGAGGUUUUCUUUUGUAUUCAUUAAUGACAUUUUGGACAUUUUGUAUUGGUUUCUUUUUUAAUUGUUUUUGGUUUGUCAUUAACCACCGGUUUCCUAAUUCAAUUUUGGUAUGUGAUUAUUCCGUGUUUGAUACUGCAUCAUUUUAAUAUUUUUCCAACCGGACAUGUUUGAAACUGCAUCGUUUUUUCUCAAACUAUUUAAUGGUUUGGUUUUAAACCGCUUUUUCCUAAAUAUAAUCCCAACUAUCUAACAAAAAUUAUAUAAAAAAUAAAAAUUGUUUAUUGGUUCAACCAGUGGUUCAACCGGUAACUGGAUUUCGAUUUUAGUAGUUUUUAUUGGAUUUUUAAUUUUUUUUUUUCAAACCCGAACUGAAUUUAUCUUUGAUCAACCGGUAAUCCGUUCAACCGCAGGUCUCAAUCGAAUUUCAAAACACCGAUCAAAACUAUAAAACUGUUAUAUUGAUUUACAUUUAAAAUAUCUAAUUCAAAAUUAAAAACCUAAAAAUACAUGUAUAAUAUAGUUUUACCGAACAUAAAUCUAAAUAUAAAAUACAUAUAUGAGACGGAUUAUAUAAAUAUAUAUACAAGACGGAUUAUAUAAAUGUGAUUAUAUAAAAUUUUCACCAAACAUAAACCCGCGCUUUGAAAGCGCGGAUCAAAAUCUAGUACCACAUUUAUUUAAUAUGUAGGUGACCAUCUUCAAGUAAAAUUGAAAAACUGACCUUCCAUGAGAACUUUCAAAUAUCACUAGAUCAUCAUCACAAUAUCAUGUCUUUAAAAGCUAGAGAUGUAUUGAAAAAUAAAGGGGAACUUUUUGACGUGAUUGAUAAAUAUUUGUAAUGUAAAUCUAAAAACGUUGUAAAUAAGAAUUCACUUUUGGUGUCGCAAUUAUGAUAAAAGUCCCAUGUCUUGAACAUGUGUAAUGCUUCUUUUUUUUUAUCAAAGAACAUGUGUAAUGCUAAAGUCGAACAAACUGAAGCAAAAAUGUCUCCAGAAAUAUAUAUACAGUGAAAUCUCUAUAAAUUAAUAAUGUUGGGACUACACUAAAACUAUAUUUUAUUAUUAAUUUAUAGAAAUUAUUAAUUUAUCGAGGUACUAAUUGAACCAAAAACUCAAUUUAGAAUUAUAAAAUUAUAUUAGUUUAUAGAGAUAUUAAUCUAUCGAUUAUUAAUUUAAAGAGGUUCUACUGUAUAUAUGUUUAAUUCUAGGCCGUUGAUUUAGGAGUAGACUAUAAUCUGACGGUAGAGGACUCAUAUUAUAGGGUUGGUUUCGAAAGAAGAAAAUCUCUUAAUAAAAUUUUAAAAGGGAAGGAAAUCUUUUUUAUUGCCAAUUUCUUUUGCUUGGCACUUGGAGCUUGACGGCAGUGCCAGCUAACAUGGUACUGACGAUACCUGAAAACGGAAGACCGACAUCGAAAGGACCAUGGUUUACUCUUAAAGAAGGCUCUAAGUACACUCUGGUGUUUCCUUUCCGUGUGGCCAAUAACAUUGUGUCCGGUCUCCGGUACAGCAAUACGAUUUGGAAAACCGGAAUCAAGGUGUAUAGUAGAAAGCAGAUGUUAGGAACGUUUAGUCCACAGGCUGAACCGUAUAACCAUGUCAUGUUUGAAGAAUCAAUACCGUCUGGUAUGCUUGUGAGGGACUCCUACUCCGUUAAAUCUAAGUUCGUAGAUGACGAUAAUAACUGCUACUUGGAGAACAACUAUACCUUUGACAUUCGCAAGAAUUGGCUGUGAUCUAUCACAUAAUUUACCCGAAGAAGAGAAACAUAUUAUAUUAUUCAUUAAAAUGUUUCUAUUUGCUCUUAAAUCUAAACUUGUUCUUAAAUAAUGUAUGUUCAUAUAUAUGGUUCAAAGAUUAAAUUAAAAAAAAAAGCUCAAGAAAAUUCAUUAUUUUACUAAACAUUUCUAUGAGGUCCUUAAAGAAAACCUUGUAUUCUGCGGAAUGUUUAUUAAAAAUAAACUAAAUUCCU